CUGAAGUUAACUUUGUAUCUCUGUAUGUAUUUUCUCCUUUCGAGUAUCGCAAAAAUCAACCUAAAAAUUUUGAGUGUUUACAACUAAAUUUGUACGCCAGUUCAUUUUUAAUGAGUACGAAAACUUCGAUGUAGAAAUGUAUCGUCUUACUGUAUGUUCGGUAUGUCCCGCUUGCGACUAUGUCGUUUGAAUGGGACGACGAAGUUGUGGACAAAUUCCUCGAGGAGUAUCGUCAACACGAAUGUCUCUGGAAUCCGUAUCAUCGAAACUUUACUGAUUGCUACGCAAGAAACGAAGCACUCAAAAAGAUCGUCAAAGUGUUGAGGGCUGAACUAACAAUAGAGGACUGUUUGAAGAUUUUGAGGAGCAUAAGGAAAAAUUCUACUGUUCAGGUACUUGGAAGAGCAAACGAAGAAUUUAACUCGACGUUUAAGAUCUCGAUCGAGAUGGCUCUGCAUCGUGGAAUCGAUGCUGGAGAAGAUAGUUCGCGAUGAGGAAGAAGAGGACGUCAAGAAGAAAAGCAAAAAACAGCUGGUACCAAAAGUCAAGACGCUGUAUCGUCAUACCAUUAGUUCGAGUAAUCGCAGAAAAGACUGUACGGUAAGUCUUGUUAGAUCGAAAUCAACAGGAAGCUGUUCCAAGGGCAAAAGUCUCGGCAGAGCCAAGAGCAAGAAAAAAAGUAAGAAAAAUUCACAAGGCAAGCUGGAUAAGGGAAGUCGAUUCUGCAGCGAUGUUGAGAAAACGAAAGAAAGGAACUCCUGUAAACGAUCGGACAUGCAAGAUUGUGCGAGACCGCAGACGGCUUGGGGUAGACAGCGAAACAACUAUCUUGACAAUCUAAACUGGACGACGUACGAUACGAGUUGCGCUCGAACGCUCGAGUGUCCAGCUUAUUCCUCACACCUUGAUAGGAUCAGUCGCGUCGAGAAUAUCUGCAGGGACCCCUGUUCGGUUCCUGCCACUGGGUAUCAAUGUCAAACUCGUUCGAAUCCACCUACUGCCUCAUGUAAUUGGGAAGGUAGAAAAAGGAAUACCGAUAUUCAGCCGACUCCACCAUCAGUUAUCGAAACACGCAACUGCCGAGUAACGAGACCAACCAGCAGUUGCAGCGAGAGAAGAACACCUAGUUCGCAGGACUCGAAUUGUCCUGCUGCUCCUGAAAAGCGCUCGCGUUCCUGUAAGGACAAGGAUAAACCGACGAUGAAAACGGCAUCUACGUCAUGCUGUCUUUGUCCUGAGAAAAGCGCUACGGAGAAGCCGAAGCAGUGCGAAGCGACCAUCAAAGCCAACACGGAAUCGGCACAGAUGCCCGACGUUUGCACCAAGGCAACGUGUCCUAGUUUUUCAAAGAGUACAACGACGGUAACGUCUCCGGAGAAACGGCCGUACACGACCAACAUCGUCCCUGUGGAAAACAGCAACAAAUGCGUUGGCACCAUUGACUGCAACAAAAACGUGAGAUUCGAGUGUAAUCAGGAUCUUCAGCAGUGUGUUUCUAGCUUUCAAACGACUCCUCGCGUGGCAGCGAAAUUCGAGAAUGGUGUUCUUGAAGCUUACUCGCAGUUCAAAGUGAUUUUUCCUACUAGGCCUGAUUCAAAUAUAAGCUCGACUAACACCUGCAGAGAAAGUAGCAGUGUGAGCUUGAAAGCUCCAGCACCAGUGAAAAAGGUGACGCAGCGCGUGCAAACCGACAGCACGACACGAGACUGUGCGGUUUCAGUGAACAGUUCCGAAUUCUUGUGUCCAAGUAGACCUCAAAGCGCCAAAGGUUCCUGUUGUCCUAAUCGUUGUCUGAGUCAGAGGAACACGCAGAUCGGCACCGAUGACGAUAUUGUUGAAGUUUGUUAUCAAGAUAACGCGGCGACAUCGCUAGAAGCUGAAAAGACUCUGCACGAUUUCGUUUUACUGACACCUGGAGGUAAAUAUGUUCCACUGGUGAGAUCGGUUGCAAGUGAAAAAAUGCAGGUCUUCACCGAAUGUUGUGCUGAUGCUAAUAGGCCUGCUGAAAAAGUGCCGGAUGUUUGUGAGACCGCACCAUCGCGAAUUCGAGAGAAACAGAUGCCAACUACUUUGGAUGACGAAAAAUGCGAUUCGUCGACCACAAAAUUACUUCUGCGGUGCUUAGAGCAGAUGCUCAAUUUAGAAGAACAAGAGGAAAAAGGAAAGUCAGCAGAUACUCAAGAAGAUCCUUGGGAACCCUGCAAGCACAAAGAACUCACGGAAAAAGCUGCUCUCGGCUGUUCCAAAGAAAAACCAACAAAUCCAAGAAUCGAUCUCGGUUGCUCAAGUCCUCGAGGCAAAUUGACGCAAAAUUUCCUGGAGAUCUUGAAGUGUGCUCUGGAAUUGGACCAUGGAAAAAAGGCCGAUAUUUGCGAUGACGACGGACAGAAGCAAGACAAGAACUGCGACUGCGAUGACGCUGUCCCCGACAAAAAGGAGCCUCCUACUCCUGAAAAUUCUUGCGACAAUGAGAAUAGAAAUUGCGCUGCACGAGGCGAUCGAAUGAUUCGAUGCUCAUCUCAAACAUCCGAAAGACUCGCGAAUAAAUCUGAAGUGAAAGUGCCGAUCAAGGAAGACAAAUCUGUACACUGUCAGGAACUUCUCAACUGUACUCAACCCAUCAAGGUAAAAGAAUCUCCCUGCCGCGAUGCACCCAUCGUCAGAAGCUGUGCUGUCGACUCCAAUUCUGUUGAGCUGUCGAGUUUGCAGCCACGAACAACAUCCCCGAAUUCGACUUUAGGGGAUAAACAAGUUUACUAUAAAAAGACCGUGAAACAAACGGGCGAAGGACACUCCAGGAUACUGGAGAAAACCGUUGCUUACAAAGCAUCGACGAGUGGAACUUGCAUCGAUAGUACGGUAACGAAGGAUACCGGUGUGCAGGAGGAAAUUUUGAGCUCGUCUAGAGGAACGCAGUGCGAGCCCAGAAGUAGAGAAACGAAAACUUCAAAUGUGAAUUCAGUGGGAACGCAAAAACGGGACACGGUUCUCGAAUACCUUGUUGGAUGUGCAAAUCGCACGGAAAAAAUCUGUCCUGUUAGACAAACGCCGAGAACUUCAAAAUCUCCGACACCUAAUAGAAUCAUUACGAGAAAGUCGCGAACGAAUUUGCCACCUGAUCAAUGCCAACAAGACAACGCCACAGGAGUGAGUUACGUCAAGUGCAAUCAGUUUUACCGAUCAUACGUGGUUCGAAGCCCGACGAGGUUGACGCCGACACCGCAGGAAAAUGUAGACAGAAAACUAAAAGAAUAUCAUCGUCGAGUCAGUGCGUUAAAAAAGAUUUGUAACUCAGAUCAUUGAGAUGACAUUUCUUAUAACGUGACGCGAUUGCAUUUCUGAUCACGUGUGAAGUGACAAAUUUUUAUGUACAAAGUACAUGUGUGGGUUAAUAAGUAAUAUCGUUAUUGUUUACUUUGAAGUGUAUAAAAACGUGAGAAGUUUACUCUUUUGAUGAAAAUAAAAUUUUUCUCGAAUACUCUUCUGACAGAGAAA